AUGGGCGAGCCAUCUCGGGAAAAGGCCGUAGUCUGUGUAGUCUCCGUUGGUUUUCAUCACUUUCGAGGCCCGGAGGUAGAACACGUCUAUCCAGAAGAAUUCAAGCUUCCAAAGGAAUGGAACCUGCUGCCGUUUUACGCGUUACCCGACGGUUCCCAUCAGAGCGAUCAUGAGUUCGCGUAUUUUACUCUUCCUGCGCAAGAAAACGGGCACAUGACAUCCUUCUUUGGCAUUUCUUGUGUACGACAAUUGCCAAUAACGGCAUUAAAGAAUGCUCCACCUCCAGAUGUUACGCGCUCGUAUAUCCAAAAAGCUGUUGUGGUCGUAUUGAGAGCUCCGCUGUACGGCAUCUUAAAAGAAAAGCUCGGUAUAGCUUGUGGAACUUACUUUGAGCAAGCAGAUUUCUCUCAAUUAGACAUUUUAAAUGACUUUUACAUGAACAUAAAAAAUUUAAACGCUUCAGAUACAAGCAACUACUACCUUGGAUUGCCAUUGGCUCGAUUUGUGCAAAGGUGGGAAUCCAAAGUGAUUACCAUGUUAAAACUGAUACUGCUUAAAAAGAAGAUUUUGGUCUAUGGAAAAGGCGCCGACGCCGUCGGUACUCUGCAGUUUUGUUUAGUAUCUCUUAUUCCAGGGCUCAUGCAGCAUUUUGAGGAUGCCGCUAGCCCUGAGAUUGAGAUCUGUCAGACAAAGCUAGCAAAGUCUACAUCGCUAAAGACAAGUGAUAGAAAUUCACUUCUUGCCUAUAUGGGACUUCCCCUGAUACUGUUCGGUAAAGGGUCGUUUUUCGCACCCUAUGCUCCCCUUCAACAACUGCCAAUGCUCCAAUCUCCCUUGACUAGCAGUUGGCUGGCGGGAACAACAAAUCAAUUGCUUAUACAGAAACAAAGCAAGCUGGCGGAUGCGAUCAUCAAUUUGGAAACGUGUUCUGUUGAAAUUUUGAGUAACGGAAAUCUUUGUUCUGCUGCAAGUCCAACUUGGGCUGACAAGCGGUGGAUCUCUGAACUGCUGUCCAUCGUGCACAAGCCAGAGAUGGACGCUGAAAGUGUAAACUAUGUUGGCAACGAUGACUGGUUGCGUGCCCAGUUUGAAACGUAUAUUCUUGGAUUUUUGUCUACAGUCAGAUUCUACGAGUUUAUGGAAGGAUCCACCCCACUUCAGCGGUCCAUGUAUCAUUACUUACCCAGUGAUGAUUGUUUUGAUGACUAUGGUAGACCAUUUCUCGACGCCUGGAAACAGACUACAUGCUAUCAAUUGUGGAACGCCGUUACUGAUCAUGAUAUCUUUGAUGUAAUUGAACCAAAACACCCAUGCCAAACUUCCAGGGUGUACAACGUUGGCACCCGUUUGGCUAGAUUUGCGCAUACUCUUUCAACGACCUUUGCCGCGAACAUCAAACAAACGACGUCGCCGUUUCUAUACAGAAGAGUAAGCACACAAGAAGACGAUAACGGUGAAGGACAAGGAAGUAACGAAACUUCAUCUGGCCCUGAAGGACCGUCUACCAGCUCGUCGAACUAA